CCCACGUGUGUGAUCUGAAGCUCGAACCCUACUUAAAGUGGAGGACUGAACGUACAGUCGCUAUUGCAUUCUUCAUUUUCUUCAAAUUUGUUUUCAACAACAAGUUCUCUUCGCUGCUUUUCCAUUUGUUUCUCCCCCAACCUUUUGUUUCAUCCAAUUCUAUCCGAUGCCUUCUAUUCAAACCGCUGCCCUCGUCGUGCUCUCCUGUCUCGCUGCUCGCACUGGUGCUCGCGCCCUUGCACCGCGAGGGGAAAGUCACACCGUCAGCUUUGUCAACAAGUGUGGCUUUGGAACGCCGACUCUGAUCCAGGGCCCUAACGUCCUUUCAAGUGGAGCGUCCUCCAAAGCACCUUUCACUAGCAACGGGCCGCUCGUGGCUGCCAUCGCGUACCUGCAAACUGGCGCCUGUGGAUUCAACGGCGAUGGCUGCACCAUGGUUGAGACAACCCUCGUCAACCCGACCUCGCCUGGCGCUGGGUCCAGUACAGAUCUGACACUCAUCGCUCCUCAUUCGUUCUCGGUUACCACAGGCUUCGGUUACUACAACGGAUGCGAUGGAGCAGGCGCAGACUGCACCGGACCGGACUGCCCGGCUGCCUUCAAGGUCUCCACGGAUAACCAGGUGCAAGUCCAAUGCGAGGCGAACAAUGUGAACUUGGCGAUUACAUUCUGCUCUUGAAUGUAUCGUCUUCAACUCUGUUAGUUGCUGUACGGUGAUUAGGAUGGGUAUUUCAUCCGCACUGCAUAAAUCUAGAAUGUACUCGUUCCUCGAUCGCUGAGACGAGAGUUUUGACCCAGUCCUCGA